AUGACGUCACUGAUGGGAAGCACGGGAAGCGCCCUUCGCGAAGCAUUCUCGAAUGCUUCCAGGAGACGACGUGUCACCCGCCCCGACAUAGGCUGCAAGAGAGUCGUCAUGCAGUCAGGCGUUCCACACGUACGGCGCUGUUUCUAUGUGGCCGGGAAAGCAGGUGCCGACGCGGCCUGCACUCUCUACGUCGAGCACCUCACGCCCUGCGCUACUGCCAGAAGCAACACCAGGCCAUCUCUCAUCUUGAUCCCCGGCGCCGCCCACACCAGCGCCUGCUGGGUGACGACGCCCGACGGCCGCCCGGGCUGGUCGUCUUUCUUCCUCUCCCACGGCUACGACAUCUAUCUUGUCGACCCACCCUUCACCGGCCGCAGCCCAGGUCCGGCUGAUUCGUGUUCCGACCACUCCAGCAUCAUGACGCCGCAGACCGUCUCGCAGACCUGGACCGCCAUCGCGCAGCAGCAGCCCGCCCCGUGGCCGCAGGCCCGCCUGCACACGCAAUGGCCCGGCACCGGCCGCCCGGGCGAUGCCGUCUUCGAGACCUUCGUCGCCUCGCUGGUGCCGUUGCCGCACAAAGUGCCGGAGGCUGUCACGCAGCGCGCCAUGGGCGCGGCGGGCGCGGCGUUGGUGGACCGGAUCGUCGACGACAGGAGCAGGGGGGCCGGCGACGCAGGCGUCGUGCUCGUCGCGCACAGUUUAGGCGCACCGCGGGCACUGUUGAUCGCUGACGCGCGCCCGUCGCGCGUGUCGGGCUUGGUGCUGCUGGACCCAAACGGCCCGCCGUGGUGCGCGCAGACGGUCGGCGGCUUGCGGCUGGAGAGGCCAUGGGGGUUGACGGACGCGGAGAUUACGUGGAGCCCUCUUCUUUCGCGCAGCUCCGUCGCCGCUGGUGAUUGUGGUGCUGGGAGUGUUGGUGGAGAGCAUGUUGAUCGUGAUGAUGUGCGCGGGGGUGAUCAUCCUGUUCCCCCUCAUCAGGAGGCCCGCUUCAACUUGAGGACGGAAAAGUCGACGGAUCCGGCACUGAGCGACUGCACCUUGCAAGCCGAGGAUGAGAGCCUUGGUGUUGCGCCCCGUACGUUGACUAAUCUCGUGGACGUGCCUGUCGCAGUCAUCACCGGCGAGGCCAGCCACCACGCAAGGUACGACUGGUGUACCGUCCGCUUCUUCAAGCAGGCCGGCGUGAAGAGAGUGGACCACAUCGAACUGUGGAAGAAGGAUAUCCGGGGUAAUGGCCACCUCUUCAUUUCCGAGAAGAACAGCGACGAGGUUGCUGAAGUGGCUGGGAUGUGGAUCGACGGCUUGCGCGCACGUUGA